UUAUGGAAAUGUAAAUGUCAAAAAUACUAAAGAGAUUUUUCAUAGUUUAAAUUUAUUACUUCACUUUUAAGUCGAUACCAUUCCGUAGAAUUCAAUCAGAAAAGCGUCCAGGAAGAAAUAAAGGAAGUGACAUGGAGUGGCUAAAUAUAGCAAAUAAUUGCCGAGCGUGUCAAAUCAAGACUCAGGAAGAAUCUCAAAUAUUUAUCUUUGCCACAACCAAUCUCCCUGACAUCUACCAGGAAACCACAUCCCUGGACAUUUAUGAGAACGAUGGAUUACCCAGAGUAUUAUGUUCAACUUGCUACGGUCGUCUCCUGGAAGCCUACAACUUCCGGAAAAUGUGUUCUGCUGCAGUUCUGCACUUCCAACAGAUCCUGUCAAUGGAAGUGCCUGAGGAGAAAUACACCCCACCUGAACUUCUAAGUGAUCCUCUAAUGGUAACAAAGACAGACGAUUCGGAUGCGUCUAACGGUCCUCCGGAAAAGAAAUACUCCCCUCCGGAUAGAAGCUAUUCACCACUUGAAACUGAUGAUAAAUCCUUAAUAGAGGAGAAGCCACUGGAAGUACUUAAAACGGAACCUGAUGCUGAAGCACCUUUGACCACUCGCACAACCAAAAAAACUCACAGGAGAAAAAAAUCAUCUGGGGUUAAUAAAAAGAAGAAGACUAGCCUUCCGGAGGGGAAGCUCAAUAUGGAGUGCAGUCACUGCAAUUCGAAAUUCCGACGGAAGUUGCGUCUGGAGAUGCACAUGAGGGAGAAGCAUCUGGGACUGAAACCCUGUCAGUGCAAAAUCUGCGGAAAGGGGUUCGGUAGAAUAAGUUCCCUCAGGGGACACAUGGGUACCCAACAUGGAGAAAAGAGGAAAUAUCCCUGUCCGGAUCCUAAAUGCAAAAAACAGUAUGAUACCGAAGAAAAUCUCAACUGCCAUGUGAAAAAGUGGCAUGAUCCGGAGAAUCCCAGGUUACCGGCCCCGACUAUUGAAAGGGUGUGCGAAGUGUGUGGAAAAUCUUUCAAGACCUCCACAGAUCUCGUGAGACAUAGCUACAGUCACGGAGUUAGAAAACCCUACGGCUGCAAACUCUGUCCAACGAGAUUUCCUACACCGAAUAAACUCAGGUUGCAUAUGAUGCGACAUGAAGGAAUUAAGAAUUUUGAGUGUACUGUUUGUGGACUCCGGAAGGUUACGGCUAAAGAACUGAAAAUUCAUAUGAACACUCAUACCAGAGAAAUCACCUAUUCUUGUGAAUUCUGUCCGCACGAAACCAUUAACAUCGUCAGUAUGAGGCGUCACGUAAAGGUGGUACAUCAGGGAGUGAAGGAUUUCCAUUGUCCGCACUGUGAGAGAUCAUUCGGAAAGCCGGAGACCCUUAAGCAUCAUGUGAUGACCCACACGGGAGAGAAGCCACAUGCCUGCAACCAAUGUGGGAAGAGAUUCAUCCAGCAAACAGCCCUCAAGACUCACAUGAAAACUCACCUUAAAUCUAAGUGAUUUCUAAGUGAUCUAAGUGAUUUCCUAAGUAAUUUUCAGUUGUUCUGUUUGCACAGCAUUUCACCAAUUAUGUAAAUUAUGUUUCAUGGAUAAAUAUAAUAAACUAAAUAAGGUACUGGCUUCAAA